CAAAGUCAACUGUGAUUUUCUUUGCUUGCCGACGUCAGCGCAAAGCCGAUUAUUGGCUCCUGCAGCUCCUGUACAAACAUACUCGUAGCAGAGUGGACUACCCAGCAAAUCUCUCCCAUAUCUAUUCUGUACCCUACCCUGUGUGUCAGACAUUGGACAAUCAAUUGAUGAUCAACUGAGCUGAAUGGGAGGUGCUUCGUCCCCCCUGGCAGCUGCAUUCGGCCUCAAUGGCACAUUGCGAGGAUAUGCGACCAUUGCAGGCAAACCAUCUUCCCGGCUCCGUAUGCGCGGGAAAACUCCUGUGAGCCUGGACCAUUUCAUUCAAAGACAGCGUGCUCUAGCUCUGUGGAGGGAGGUGUUACGAACCACUGCAUCCAUUACCGACAUGUCGAUGAGGGACGAUAUGCGACAGCAUGCGAGGGCAGAAUUCGUGCAGCACAGAACUGUUACUGAUUUGGGUCACAUUCGAUAUCUAAUCUCGGAGGGGAAAACACAACUUGAUACCAUGAAGGGUGCGCUGAUCAAUUCGGGUGUCCUGACUUCGUAGCAAGGCUCUUUGUAGCCUCGUAUCGAGUCCCUCUUGAUGCUUAUAGCCGAGAUGUUUGGUUUAUGUGGGAAAAUUGGAACUUAUGGUAUCUGGCUACAUAUGUCGUUCGUAAGAGCUUCGAAGAUUUCUGCUGUCUGAGACUGCAGGACGCAGUUCCAAGUCGCUAGAUCAUUUUGCUUUUUCAUCCUUGUCAUGCCCAAGCCGUGCAAGCUAUAGCAAAUAGAUCUGAAUUACACAUAGCAGCAAUAUAGGUAUAAUGACGUC